AGUAAUUAGUUGGUAGUUGAUAAUUUUAAUUUUUUUAAAUUAAAAAAAAUAAAAAUUCCCAGCAAAUAAUCACAUACAAAUUAAAAUUACUUGGUUCAACCGAAUAAACGUUAAGCGUAAGGAGUUCAAUUCAAUUCAAAGCAACUAUGGCGUCGAAAGAUUCAACACCACCGUAUCAGAGUGCUGCCAGAAUCUCCGAUUCCCAAUGUUUUCCUCAAUACACGGCUUCUCUCAAAUGUUUAGAAGAGUUCAAUACAGAUAAGAGUAAAUGCCAAGAACAUUUUGAUGUUUACAAGGAGUGUAAGAAAAAGGAGAGGGAAGCAAGAUUGGAACGUAAUAAAAGUCGGUCGCUAUUCUCAUGAAAUCUUGGCAGAGUUUCACUAAUUGUAUCAUAGGUAACAAAGUGAAGAGUUCACAUGUAUUACUGGUUCAUUAGGGUUAUGAAAUCAUCUCAAGCUAUGACAUUGCGGUAUUCUAUGCUGUCGUCGUUUUUGCAUCUGUACUUAAUUUAGGUUCCAAUAAAUUAACUGUUUACACUUUACUGCAGUAUGUUGUUCCACUGAAACCUUGUGGACCUUUGGAUACUAAAAUGAUUGUGUUGCUGGUAA